GAUACAAGCAGGUAGUACGACUCUGUCUCAGCUCGGGAACACAUUGAACGGACGGUAGAGCUUGAGCAGUUGGACAGGUGCUUCGCGAGGCAGACCUCCAAGGGGCCGAAGGAUCAUGCAGCAACAGGCUGCGGGCAGCGUUUCAGCCUCGCGUGAACACAGGAAAUGAAAAACCCAGCCGCGCCGCUUUCUAACGGGACUGCAAAAGAUCAUCGUGUGAUUUUUUUUCUCUGUCAUCAUUACCAUCGUCUAAUCAGAUACUAUGGAGCCUGCUGGUCUUGCUGUUGGCAUCGUCGCCUUGGCUGGUCUCUUCAACAACGCCGUAGACUGCUUCGAAUACGUCCAGCUCGGUAGCGCUUUCGGUACGGAUUUCCAAGUCAGCCUGCUCAAGUUAGAUAUUCUACGGCUGCGACUUUCACGUUGGGGCAAGUCUGUUGGUUUGGAUGGUGACUUGAGCAAUACCCAUGCAAUCAGACUAGCGACAGGGCCGCCGGAGGAUAUUGAAAAAGCUGGAAAUGUGCUAGGGCAAAUAAUGGACCUCUUCGCAAAAAUGGAGAGUAAGUCCAAGAAAUACCAAAGCCGUAUGGGGGAGACCGACGGGGAUCUUACGGUCCUUGACGUGGCUACAAACCUGGAGGCCUCGGGCCAAUCGUUACACGAGAAGAUGCGCGCUAUGUCCAUCAAGCGUCAAAAUAGCACGCCUUUGCGACCGAAAGUGCAAUGGGCACUGUAUGAGAGGAAACGCUUCAAGGAGUUGCUCGAACACGUGACAGAUCUUGUCAAUGGUCUUGUGGAAUGCUUUCCUGCAUCACGCGAAGAGCAGCGCAGGCUGUGCAGAGCAGAAGCUUCCGCCAUCGGCUCUAAGGACUGUGUUCCUGCUCUCAAAGAAGUCACUGCACAACAGGACAAGGACCUCAAUGAAGCCUUAGUCGACGCCUUGCUCUCAAAGGACAACCGAAACAUGUCAAUCAAUAACUACAACUCUAAAAUCGGUCAGAUAAACGAUACGAACCACGUUUAUGGAACUCAAGUCUUCAACUUUUGACUGCGAGAUCCGUACUUCGAAUCAUGCAUGACGCGUCACAUCUCUGCAAUCAGUUUUUAAGUGGUACUUGAAUGAAAUUGGAUUCGUAAGGGUUUCUCCUAUCGACAG